AUAAACACCUCAGUUUAGCAAGUUUAAAGCGUAUUAAAGCAUUUUUUUUUUUGAAAAAAUGAUAAAGAACCAGAAAACUAUUCCCAAAAUGAAGUCUUUUUAUAAAGUUCGUAUUCCUAGCGACAUAAUUAAUUGUGAAACUUUUAUCGCUAUCAAGAAGUGCGACAAUUUUUCUAGCUUUCUGGAAACAGUCUACAAUCGUUUACCGGAACUUCGUGAUUCAUCAGUGAUAAUGUACUACAAAGAUCGGAAGAAGGACAAAAUUAUCGUUCAAACGGAGUCCGAUUUCGCUUUGUUCGAAGAAGAAUAUACCAACACCAUUUUUAUUUUGGAAAAUGUACCAACACCCGCAUUACCUUUCACAAUUCCACCAUGUUCAAAGAUAGCGGCGAAAACAUCGGACCCAAUUUCCACCAUUGAACCUAAAGCUGGAAAAAUCACAACUUCGGAAAAUGGAAUUAUUGCCCAUGAAAACGCAAGCGUGAUUUCAGAUUUCGAGACAUCGUUAGACCCAGUUUCAGAUGUUUCGAAUGAAUUCCCAGAUUCUCAUUAUGAAGCUUACAAUUCAGAAGAAAAGCAGGAAAGCUCGGUUCAUAAACCUCAAGGCAAUCACUUGUCUCAUUCAAAUGAAAAUGUUGCAAAUGAUGACAUUGUUGACGAGGAUAGAUUCGAUUACGAAAAUGAAUGGAAUUUGAUUUUGAAAGACAUUGAGAAUACAGUUCACGAUGAACCUCAAAUAAAAUCAAUUUCAUCAAAUAAUGACGCUGUAAUUGCAUCGACAAGUACUGCCCUAGCCACAAAGUCUGAUUAUGUCGAGAGAGAAUCAGUGAUUAAAGUCGAUGAAAUGAAUUUAAAACAUGACCAAACAUCUCCCAUACCUACCGAUGUUUUGGAAUUGACAGCAAAAAGUUUGUCUUUUCAUGAUACGAAUCCAUUCAAGUCCCACGACGAAGAUUCGUCAAAUAGUGAAUGGGACUUAAUUUCGAUUGACACUGAAAAUGAUAUUGAUAUAAUUAGCACCCAAGCCGUUCAAGAUGAACCUCAAACCAGAUCAAGCUAUGUCGAUGAUUUCAUUCGACGACUUGAAGCUGUCGCCGGAAAGUACACAGAAAAAAAAUCAAAAAAUGUAGCAGCGACCCCAGCUUUGCCUCAAACCAGAUCAAGCUCGUCGAAUAAUGAAAUGGAUGUCGAUGAUUUGAUUCGACGACUUGAAGCUGUCGCCGGAAAGUACACAGAAAAAAAAUCAAAAAAUGUAGCAGCGACCCCAGCUUUGCCGGAAGCAAUAUGGAUUGAUAACGUUGAGGUCAAUGAUUUGGACUACUUUUUAGUAAUGGAACGACAAUGUGAUAAAAUUGAAGCCAUGGCAAAUGUUCACGGUGUCACUCCAUACAAAGUGGGAAUUACUAAUACGCACAAGAAUGAUGUUGCAUCGAGACAAACAUUUGGCAAUUUGAUCUUUCAAACUCAAACUUUUUCUGACGAAAAAUCUAACGAUGUGCCACAAAAUGAUUCGGUUGAUAUCGAACAAGAUGGUCAAGUGAAUGAAACAGCCAUGGGAUGGUCGAAAAGUAUGAAGUAUUGACCAGUACCAUAUACAACUCAAUAACGAAGACGGUUUACUCUUGCAUUUAAUACCCAAUAGAUUAGCGCACAAAUAUCUUAAACUUUUGUGCGAUGACAACAUUUCUUGCCCCCCGGACUCAAAUUUGAC